AAUGUAGAGGAGGGCUCGUGUUCGUGAAUGAACGGAGCUGAAGGCUCAUGUCGUAUUCAGCCACUCGUUCGGCAGCUGUCGGAUAAAACAAGGUAUGUGUGCCCUGUGCUCGUCAGUGCGCGCGCCGCGGGCCUCUGCCUGGCGUCCCCGCUGCACACGCAGACUCCUCAGCUCGGCUCCAACAGGACGUCGGUGGUGCGCUGCGGCCGGCAGAAGUACGAGAGGCUGUACCCCGUGAUGCUGGUCCGACCCGACGGGUCCACCAUCCACAUCAGAUACAGAGAACCCAGACACAUCCUCAUGAUGCCAGUCAAUCUGGCCAUGCUUUCUGAAGAGGAGCGCCGAGCUAGACAGAAAAAGAAAGAAGUGAAGAAGAUGAAAACGCCGACCGCUAUCGAGUAUGAAGAUGACUUCAAAGUCGACAAAUACAGCCACUUAUGGAAGAAGAAAUAAUUUCUCUAUAUGUGAAAGGGAAGCUUGACUGGGCCAGCAUCAGUAAAGAUCAGCCUCUCAAUUCCAUUUGCCGUUGACAGGAUGUUUAAAUUGGAAGAAAUGGGAUUCCUCCAAAAAGUAAUGUUUUUGGACACUGAGGCCAAACCAAGGACAAUUGUAUGGCAGGAUGACUGCCUAUGCAUACUGUGUGUAGCAGGCAGAACUCUGCUGCUGAGUGCUAGGACUCCUACUGUGUAAAUAACCUGCUACGGACUGAAUACGUCACAAUGUUGAGUAAAUAAAGUGUUUUAAAGAUGUG